UUAUAACAACUGAACAAACUGGAUGUGUAUGCUGUUGAAGAAAAAAAAAACAUGGCAAAUUUACUGGGAAGUUACAGUUUACCCUUUCUUGGAGUUAACGUUUUCAUCGCAGCUCUGACCUACAUUACCUACAACCUGCUGAGCAGUCAUCUCCAUAAAUGGUUCAAGAUGAAAUCUAUUCCUGGGACAGGUUCAGCAUACCCCUUUAUUGGAGAUGCACUGUCGUUCAAAACCAAUGCAGGAGAAUUCUUCAAUCAAAUUGUUAACUUUACAUAUGAGUUCAGAGAUGCACCAUUGUUUAAUAUCUGGUUUGGACCAAUUCCAUUGGUUGUCCUGUUUCAUGCUGAAACAGUUGAGAAAGUUCUGAGUAACCCCGUUCACCUCGACAAGGCUUUUCCAUACAAAUUCCUCCAUCCUUGGCUUGGAACAGGCCUUUUAACCAGCACUGGGAAAAAAUGGAGACAACGAAGAAAGAUUCUGACACCGACCUUCCAUUUUUCCAUCCUGACUGACUUUUUGCAAGUAAUGAACGAACAGGCAGAAAUUCUAGUGGAAAAGCUGGAGAAGAAAGCGGGAAAAGGUUCUUUCAACUGCUUCAAUGACAUCACCCUAUGUGCACUGGAUAUUAUCUGCGAAACUGCAAUGGGAAGAAAGAUUUACGCACAGAGCGAUUCUGAAUCUGAGUAUGUUAAGUGUGUAUACAGGAUGAGUGAUAUUGUCAGCCUGAGACAAAGGACACCUUGGUUUUGGCCUGACUUUAUUUACUACUUCUUUGGUGAGGGUAAGAAGCAUGACAAGACACUGAAGACCCUCCAUUCUUUUACCUAUAAAGUGAUAAAGGAAAGGUCUGAAAACUUGUCCUACAUUGAAUCAGACAGCGACUCCGACUAUGGCAAGAAGAAGCGACAGGCCUUUCUAGACAUGCUCCUGAAGACCACAGAUGAAGAUGGAAACAAGUUGACCCAUCAGGACAUUCAAGAGGAAGUGGACACCUUUAUGUUUGAGGGUCAUGACACCACGGCUGCCUCCAUGAACUGGGCCCUCCAUCUGAUUGGAAGCCAUCCAGAGGUGCAACGAAAAGUUCAGCAAGAGCUGCAGGAAGUGUUUGGUGCAUCAGGCCGACCCAUUAACACAGAGGACCUAAAGAAACUAAAAUACCUGGAAUGUGUCAUUAAAGAAGCUCUGCGGCUGUUUCCCUCUGUGCCCUUCUUCGCCCGAAGCCUCUGUGACGACUGCAAUAUUAAUGGUUUCAACGUCCCCAAAGGAGCAAAUGCGAUCAUCAUUACAUACACUCUUCACCGUGAUCCACGAUACUUUCCAGAACCAGAGGAAUUCCGGCCUGAGCGUUUUUUUCCUGAGAAUUCACUUGGAAGGCCCCCGUAUGCAUAUGUCCCUUUCUCUGCUGGACUCCGCAACUGCAUAGGUCAGCGUUUUGCACUGAUGGAAGAAAAAGUGGUUUUGGCGUCCAUUCUGUGUAACUUCAAUGUCGAGGCCUGUCAGAAACGUGAGGAAAUUCGCAGAGUGGGGGACCUCAUCCUGCGACCAGAGCAGGGCAUUUGGAUCAAACUGGAAAAGAGAGAACCACUUGCUCCAUAAAAUCAGCAUUGGCUCAAUAAUUACCUUUCAUUCAUUCAUUCAUAGUUUUUGUUUUUUCAAUUUUAGAUAAUUCAAAUAGCUGAAAAUGUAUCAAAAGUAUUACAAAAAUCACAACUAGUGGAAUACAAAUAGCAUUACUGGGUAGUUUAGCAUAUCUGCCUCUCAUAGUAUGAUAAUCUAAAAAAACUGCUUCGAUUGCUUAAAAUACAUUUCUUUUGUAUAUUUCUACAUUUUGUGGCUGAAACUGCUAAUGGAAUAUGUGAGACUUCUGGUUAUUUCAUGUUGAACAAGCAUUUCUUGUAAUUUUGUUUGAAAAUGUCUUGCAUUACCAAAUGUUUAAGAUACAGACAUGUCACAGGUGGAA